AGUACUGUACUGUGUCAGUUCUGCAGGCAGAAGCUGGAGAUGGGUGAGUCGCCGCUGAGGGCCAUGGUUUCAGAGAUUAUGAGUUCUAAUAAUUUACGGACUUGAAUAACACUGUCAGAGCCCGUCUGCAUUUUUGUCCUGCAGAGUCUGUUUGUUUGCAAACGUCCGUGUUUGACUGGCUGGCGUUGAUAAUUAAAAGCUAACAGGCUAAUGUUAGCGGGCGCAGCCAGGCCCAGUGAGGAGUCGCUGCUCUGAGUUUCUACAUUGUUUUUGUCAGCGAACCCGGGUGGAAUAGCCAAUAAGGCAGAUGUGAAUGUAGCAUCUCCACGUCAUUCUGUACAUAUUCAACCAUUAAAACCCCCGUUAUUAAAAAGACUGGUAGUAUUCUGACGGUUCAGGCAGCACAGUAAAAGCUAGCACAGCCUGUGAACGUCGGCUAAGUGAAUUAAAGCUAGCUAACUGCAUUAAAAUAAUGACUUCCAGGAGGACAGGCUAUGCUGGCAGCAUGGAGUCCUCUCCAUCAAACGGCGGUAGCAGCUCAGUCCACAGUGGGAACCGUAAACAGAAUAUUAUAAACAUUCCCGACAGGACUGGAGCAGAGUCCUGUUAUGAUAGGAAAGCAGACAAAUCAGGAUACGGAGCCUCACAGGGCAGCAUGACUGUCACAUCUCUGAAAUCACGGCUCGCCCCGACCAUUCAGACUGCCAUGUCCGCUGCUGUGGAUACUCUCCUGGGUGAAGUCGUGUUAGUCCUCAAUGAGACACAACAAGAACUGUUACACAAGGAACAAGAAAAUGAAAGACUGAAGGUUCGCCUGGAGGUCUCAGAGAGGGAGCUGAAGACUUUACAGGAGUGUCUGUGUAGUGCUCAGAAGCUCAUAGAUCAGCUUCAGAUCUCAUACACAGGCACUCAGACUAUCAAUCAGUCAGUCUUCGCCCCUUCACUGUCUUCCAUGGCUUCAAUGACCUCAGGUUUGGAGCGGGACCACCAGAGUUCACGAAAUGUAAAUGGAGCAGGUGUUGACUUGGGUCUUGGUGGAUCUGUGGAUGAAUCGCUUCACGGGUUUGAGCCGAGAGAUGACUACAAAAUGUGCCAGCUCUCAAUACAACCGGAUGGCUCUGUGACUAACCAUGCUCUGGACUUUGAUUCCAAUGCAGCCCACAUGUGCUCAGAUUCCAGCAGACCAGAUGAGCGUCAGUCUCAGGGACCAGGUGGAGCAUCCAGGUUUGAAAUCAAGGAGGAGCAGGGGCCGUCUUCAGGCCCUGCACAGUCGAGCAGGAAGGAUCCUGGCUUACGUGGUGAUAACAGAGUUGGGGAUGAAGAGCGAUCAUCCCACAGCAUGGGUGACCUCGGCUAUGUUCAAGUUGGAGGGGAGGGAGGUUCCCAGCGUUCCUUUACUCAACCUCUGCGUCACCAAAGACCUGUGCGAGACUGCAGCACUGACCUGCAGCAUGGUGGACUUGAUGGACAGAAACAGUUGGUGAGGACUUCUGUAGGUGGAAGAGGAGACGGUGUUUCACCAGGCAGAGCAGAGGACUCAGCAGGACCUUCAGUCCCCGACACAGCAGGGGAGCCCUCUGGAGAUCGGCCCCACCACUGCUUAGAAUGCGGAAAAACUUUCCGUUUAAUCUCCAGUUUAAAGAAGCACAUUCGCAUCCACACAGGAGAAAAGCCGUACCCUUGUGGAGUCUGCGGCCGUCGCUUCCGUGAGUCAGGGGCGCUCAAAACCCACCUGCGCAUCCACACAGGUGAGAAGCCUUACUCCUGCUCUGAGUGUGGAAACUGCUUCCGACACUUGGACGGUUUGCGCAAACACAGGCGCACGCACACUGGAGAGAAACCCUACGUGUGUGCUAUCUGUGGGAAGCGCCUGAGCCGCCUGCAGCACCUCAAGCACCACCAGCUCAUCCACACUGGAGAGAGGCCAUGCUGCUGCCCCUUCUGCAACCGCAGCUUCAAAGAGCCAGCAGCUCUGCGGAAACACAUCCGCACACACCGCGAAGGAGGCCACAUGGGGAUAGGGGCCAGCGAUGACACGGACCCAGACGCCAUGGACGACAUAAACAACCUCCAUCCAGCAGCGCCGUCCCCUCAGAUGAGGUUUGGGGAGUGGGGAGCUGAGGAGGAUGACAGCUCUGUUGUGGACUGUGUUUAGGGGGCAACUUUUACAUACCAUGAAAUCGUCUUCUGGUGAUAAACCUGAAAUAAGCUUUAUGUGUAGUUUGUAAACAUGGCACAUAAGGUCAUCUCUGUUUCAGCUGUGAAAGUGAAGAAUGAGGCUACAUAUAACCCUGGCCUUUAGUUUUAUAUAUACCAGACAUUGCCAUGUUUCACAAUCCAAGAUGUAAAAAUAACUUCAAAAUAAUCCACUGUACAUUCUCCAACAGUAAGUAUUUAUGUCCAGACAUUCCUCAGGCAGCAGAAGCAGCAGCUCAUGAACUGUUCUUGGCAGACAGGAGGGUACUGGUUAGCUAAGCCUCCUGCCAAUAUUUAGGAAAAAGAUGGCAAAAAGAUUCCCCUCUGUUACGAUUUAGAUCCUCUGUAUACUGACCCAUCCAUCAGCUGAGUCUCUGCUGCUGCUGCUGCUGUUCAUAUAAACACAAAACAUGAGCCAGGGACUGAAUUUUCUGCUUUAUUAUUUUGGCCUUUUCCUUUUCAUUCAACUGCUGAUCCUUGGGGCUGCUUCAUGGUCCAUGAGGGCUACACCUGGGUAUUUAUCAUAACCACACUGCUGGCCUAAUUUUUUUCAGCUAACCCUUUAUGUAACUUCUGAACCACUUCUGAAGUCUUUAUAGAUGGACAAUUAAAAAGCCAUAUACAUUCAGAAUUUAUGUGCUUACUUUCAGUAAUGUGGUUCAUCAACCUACUUAAUAGUUGUCAGCGAGGCUUAUUCUUGUACGGAUGCAGCCAUCUGAGAAAACCUAGUGCUUACAACUGAGCCGAAAAAACAUUUCUAACUGAUAUAAUGCAGUAUUGAUACUUUGUUCAACCCCUUGUUACUAAGGAUGCACAAUAUUAGAUUUUUGCAGGUUGAUAUUAAAAAAAUUAUUUUAGCUCACACCAAAAUAUAAAUGUAGUUAAGACCUACAGCUUAAGUCCUUAUCAAACACUCAAAGUUUCAGGAAUGAGGAUGAAUGAAGAAAAAGACUUUAGCUGAUGUAGGUCUGUUAGUCCCGCCUAAAAGUCCACAAACAUAUUUACAUAUCACCCAAUAUUUACAGCUAAUACAGGUCAGUAUUUAGAGCUUUGAAAUUGGUUGUCAGUGUCAUCAGAAAUGUUCAGAAAUGAUCAUUUACUGGGGCGUAGGUGGCCUAGUGGUUUAAGGCGCACCCCAUGUACACGGACGGCCCAGGUUUGAAUCCGGCCUGGGGCCCUUAACCACAUGUCUCUCCCCUGCUCUCGUUCCUGUUUCUGACUCUAUCCACUGUCCUCCUCAAUCAUAAUAAAGGCACAAAAUGCCCAAAAUAAAUCUUCAAAAAAAAAAAAAGAAAUAAUAAUUUACUUUCCAAGCUAAUAUCUGCCAAUGCUGAUAUACCAAUACUAUUGUGCAGCCUUACUAGUUACCAUAUCCCAGUAUUCUACCUUGAUUAAGCAGAGUGUAAGCUAAAAAGCCAUAUUGUUACUGACUGCAGUCAUUUACAUCAGUGGUUCUCAACUGGAGGGUCGGGAUGGAAGUGGGUCUCAGAGCAGUUUUCAGUGGGUCGCAACGAUGUGUCUGAAAAAAAAUGUUGGCAAAAGUCCUGAAGUCCUUAUUGAACAUGCAUGGAUACCUUUUACUUUACCCUGUUUUUCUGUGAAAUUGGGUCAUUUAAAUGUUUGAUUAAUUUUUAAAGUAAUUUAUCUCCUGUUCUUGCAAUAAGCGGCUACUUUUCCCAUGAUAAUGAACUGAUUUCACAAGCUCUCUGGAAAAUUGACACAUAAUGAUGGGAAAGAGGGUUUAAAAUGUGUCAGUUUUGUCCCUUUACUUUUUUAUAUCGGGUGUUUUGGUCCAAUCAUGCUCCAAAUGCGACAUAUUCAAUUAACUAAACAUGCAUUGUUAAAAAUAGUUUGGAAACUUGGGUUGCUGUCUGUCAUAAGACAGACUGGUGGGUCCUGAGGCUGGACCAGUUGAGAACCACUGAUUAACAUGGUAGAUUUUGUCUCCAGCAUCACUCUUCCUAUUUUCAUCUGUUUCUUAAAUGUAAUGUUUUUAGUCAAGAUAAGGUCAUCUGUGUAAAAAUCUGUGUCAAAGGCAGAUGGAGAACUGGUUGGGUCGUAGCCCGAGUUCAUUUUCGGCCUGUGGAUCCUUUCCCUGUUUCUGAGUCCAUCCACUGUUCUUCUCGAUCAAUAAAGGCAGAAGAAGCCCAAAAAUAAAUCUUAAAAAAGUCAAAGAUUGAUUGUAUUUGCUCUAAGAUAGUCAGAAUUUCUCGAUUCUUCAAUACCUUUCUACAGAUGUUUAUGAUACAAUCUCUUUUUUAUGAUAGUAGUUAUAAAUAUACCAAUACUUCAAAAAUCCAUAUUUUAAAGAUAAAUGCAUAGGAGAGGAAUAAAUAAACCAAAAAUUUAGUACUGAAACACUGCAAACAAAAAUUGGUCUAGUUCAAGAAUGUUCAGAUGUUGGCCAAAUAAUUUCUGGUAAUGUAAAUAAGAACUUAUCAAAUUUUGGGUGCCCAGGACUUGUAUUUUUGUCACUACAAUACCAGAACAAGAAAUGAUAUAGUUUGAUUUUUACUAGUGUCAUAUUAAGGUUUUAAAAAAUCUGGUUUCAUAACAAUUUUUAUCUUCACAAACUUCUCUUCUCUCUCCACAAGGCUUCACUGUUCCCUGUCUGUUUAUCAUGCCCCUUUUAAAGACCAUAUCUUUGCAUUCCUUCUCUUUGUUCAAGCUGCUGCUCAUCCAGAAAGCUGCUGCUUUUCUGGUCUUGUAUUAACGUUGCCGGCUGUUUUAAUAGCCAUUAGUAACAGACAGAUUCUGGUGCUUGCAUGUGCGUAUUUGUUCUCUGGCGACAACACCUCACCUGCUGGUUCUGUAAAUAAGAAUGUAGUUUGAGCCAUUUUAACUGGAUCAAUGAGGGUUAACAAAUGAAAGUGCAACUAUGUCAAAGAAGGAUUAGACAGCACCCGUAUGCUCACAGUACAUACAAUGUAAUUAUAUAUAAUCUCACUGAUUUCUUCCUCGUGUUCUUCCUGAUGCUCUGGUGUGACUUGUACAUCAGGAGCAUUUAUCCUCGGCUUUUUAAGCUCUACUAUAGGUCUCUUCUGUCUUUAAUAUGUAUAUUACUCUAAUAAUGGUCUUUAUGUAACUAUUCUGUGUACAUAAUCAAGUGUAAGUCAUUUUAGCAGGCACUCAAAUGUAAAAAUAUCUGUUACUGUGUCCCUAGAAUACAGUCUGCCAAGGAAGUCUUUCCUGAGAUAAUCAUAUUUAUUAUUGUUUUUUAUUUUACACACAGGAAGGCCUUUGCAUGUAGGUUUGAACUGAAUCAGCAUCGCCCCAUUCAAAGUCAGUGCUAAAUGUGAAAUGGAUUCUUUUUUUAUGCUUCUGUGUUCAGUAUACAUCCACCCACAUGGCAGUCAUCCUGUUACCUACUCUACAUGUUACUAUAUUAAAGGGCCUUGUUUCUA